GUCCUCUAUUCCUCCUUCCCCCAGUUCCCAUCACUUCCUGCUUCCGGUCUGUGGAUGAGCAGCGCAGGGGAGCAUAGUCAGCCGCGGUGACUACCAGUACGGCAGGAAGGAAAUCGUUUCAGAACGAUCCCGUUGGCAGCUCAGUGAAGGACAAUGGUGUCUAAGCAGGCGUUCCUUUUCAGCUUGGGUUCCCUCUACCUAUCCCUCUUAUUUAUAUUCCUUCUCAUGGAUGUGUAUGCCAGACCGGCAAAUAAUUCAGCCUUAAAAGAGAAACCAGUAGACAAUAAGGAUGAGAAUGAAAUCAUGCCCCCCGACCACCUUAACGGAGUGAAAAUGGAGAUGGACGGUCACCUCAACAAGGAGUUCCAUCAAGAAGUUUUCUUAGGUAAAGAUAUCGAAGAAUUUGAUGAGGAUUCAGAGCCAAGGAAAAAUCAGAGGAAGCUGGCGGCCAUCUUUUCAAAGGUGGACAGGAACAAGGACAAACAAAUCAGUGCACAAGAAAUGCAGCGCUGGAUCAUGGAGAAGACUGAGGAGCAUUUCCAGGAGGCCGUUCAGGAGAACAAGCUACAUUUCCGGGCUGUAGAUCCAGACAACGAUGGUUAUGUGUCCUGGGACGAGUACAAGAUCAAGUUCCUGGCCAGCAAGGGCUUCAAUGAAAAAGAGGUUGCUGAGAAAGUUAAGAACAAUGAGGAGCUGAAGAUCGACGAAGAAACACAGGAAGUACUUGAUAACCUUAAAGAUCGCUGGUUUCAAGCCGACAACCCGCCAGCUGACCGCCUCCUGAACGAAGAGGAGUUCCUGUCUUUCCUGCACCCAGAACACAGCCGGGGGAUGCUCAAAUUCAUGGUUAAAGAAAUCAUCCGUGACCUAGACCAGGAUGGAGAUAAGAAGCUGACUUUGUCGGAGUUCAUCUCUCUUCCGAUGGGCACAGUAGAGAACAAGCAGGCGCAGGAUAUUGAUGAUGAAUGGGUUCGAGACCGAAAGAAAGAGUUUGAAGAGGUUAUCGAUGCCAACCAUGAUGGCAUUGUCACAAUGGAAGAGCUUGAGGAGUACAUGGACCCCAUGAACGAGUACAAUGCUCUAAAUGAAGCUAAACAGAUGAUCGCUGUGGCAGAUGAGAAUCAAGAUCAUCACUUGGGCCUAGAAGAGAUCCUGAAAUACAGUGAAUACUUCACAGGCAGCAAACUGAUGGACUAUGCUCGCAACGUUCAUGAGGAGUUUUAGGUUCGCACCAUUCAUCUUGCCGUUUGACUGGAGAAGUUAUUGCUAUGGAUGAAUUUUCUUCUAGCUUAAUGGGAGGAUCCACACCAGUUUUGCUACUACUCUUCCUGUGUGUUAGUGUGCAGUAUUGAGUGGGGGCCGUCGCCUUCCCCCCACCAUUUGCGACCCUCGUGGCAGAAUUUGCACAUAAAUUACGGCUUUCAUUUGCUUUGGUGAUAAUCGUUCAUACAGUGACUUAAAUCACCUGCAGGGUACACGCUCUACAGCCCAUGAUAUCCGAUGACGCGAAAAAAGGACAUGGUAAUGGUGAAUAGUGAACCGUCCGUGUAAAGUGUAUUAUAUGUAAUAGAUCUUUGUCUAUAUAAGAAUUGAACUAUUUAUACAUCCAUAUUCUCCUUCAUAUCAGUAAUUUAUGCUAUAUAUACUGCUAUCCCCAAAAAUACAAUUAUUUAUAAUUAUUUUGUAAGCUUUGCCACCCCCUUUGCCCACCGCAGACUUGAUUAUAUCAUAUUAUGAUGAUAAAUGGCAAAAUAUUUCCAACUCGCCUGCUCCACUUCAUAGGUGUGCAAGGAACCCCGGAUCAGGGAAAAAAAUUCUUCAGGAACAAAAAAUCCAGCACAUGCACUACGGCUAAAAUCCAGCCUUGUUAUUGUGAUUUACGGUCUACGCGUUUCGACAAACUGUCUUAUUCAUGACCAUACUGUGUAACAAAAUUUACUGAUUUAAAGAACCCUUCACCCACCUCAGACGCUCCUCCGCUUCCAUGUGUGAACAAUCUUCAAAUUGGAACGGAGGUUGUGUCUGGUGACAUCAUAAAAUACAAAACUACUUGAAAAGAAAAAAAAGCUUCUACAAAGGGAAAAAUUAAUCGGCAAUCACAUAUAGUCAUACGAAAUAUAAAUCCAUAUUUAAAGAUGAGAUCAUGUCUAUUAUUCAUGCCAUUUGGAAUCCUGGUAUGUAAUAAGAAGAUCCAAAAAGACUCCCUGUCAAAAAGCAGCCUGUUUAGAUCUCCUCCUCGCAAUGUUUUUUUUUUAACCCUUUCAAUACCAACAACUUUAAGAUCUGCUUUAAGAUCCCAUGUACGUCUCUGAAAUGUCGAGACAACAUGGAAAUAUUCACUACCUUCAAGUUUGAAAUAUCUGAAAGGUGUUUCCUUAUUCUAGUUUUCAACCCCCAUAUCAAACACUUCAGCUGCUGCAGGUGGGUAAUAAAUCCCAUUGCUUGUGUUACAGUUUAUAUUUGACUUAAUUUUACAUUCUUCUCCUGUAGCACUAGAUUUAAAACUUUUGCUUUUUUUAAAUAAAUCGUCAGGUUAUACAUACAUUAUGUCCACAUCUGUAGCAGCCAGUAACGUUCAACCAAGUGUUACUUGCAGACCCCGUUUUCUCCGAAAAUAAACUCGUAGACGGCGCUGUUGAUAUAGUUGGAGCUCUUUUGCUCACAACUUGAAUUCCUGGUUCCAGUAUUUGUCGUAAAUGAUCAUCUUGGUACAGAAUCAGUAAAUUCCUGGUGAUAAUGUUCGGCACCUCAUUGAACUGCCUGCUUUAAACAGUAGUCACUCUCACCUUUUUCUCAUGUACCUCUAUUUCAUUACUACUGCUUAUUACCUGAGAAAUUAAUGGUUUUCUAUCCUAAAGUUUAACCUUUUCUACAGUCUGUUUUAGCAAGUUCUCACUAUAUCCCUUUACUUGAAGUCUGUUAUAUAAUGCUGCACUUUCUAUAGGUGGAGUCCGCUGUACAAUUAGGGCGGAUUCUAAUCAUUUCACCAUAGGGGAUGCCAUUGACAUGUUUAGGGUGACAAGAGGAUACCAAUAGCAAAGUAUUCCUACUUGUAUCUUUUCUGUGGUUGCUACUGACAACCUCAUUCCCUUUGUUGGAAAGCUUAACAUCUAAAAAAGGAAUGUCACUCACUGCUAAUGUAUAAGUGAAUUGCAGAUUCAUGACAUAUUUGUUCAAGUAUUUCACGUAAUUCACAAAAUCAUCUUCUGUGGAGUUCCACACCAGGAUACUACGGCAUCAUCAAUGAAUCUUCCAUAUCAUACAAUGGAGGCCAAAAAAUGUUGUUCUCGGUCAUAAGGUUUUGUUCUUCCCAAUGAGACAUAUAAAUAUUUGUGUACGAGUGGGAGAACUUCGCACCCAUUGAUGCUCCCCUCGUCUGCAAAUAAUUAAUGGAGAAGUAGUUAUGUCAUAGCAGGAACUCUAUAGAUAAAGUCCUUGAAAGCAAAAUGUCUCCUGACACUCGCCAGACCCAAAUAGUGCGGAAUUUAGGAAUGGAGAGCGGCGACAUCACAAGUCACCCAUCUGUAUUCCUCUUCCCAGACUAGGUUACCAGUUAAUUCCAAAAACAUGUUUUGUGUCUCGCAGGUAGCUCGGGAUACACUGUACAAGGGGUUGCAAUAAGUGAUCUACCCCUGCUCCCAAACGUUCUCCCAGCUCAUGGAAUUUUUAAAAGAAUCGCAAUAAAAAGGCUGGAUUUUAUCUGUAGUGCAUGUGCUGGAUUUUUUGGUUCCUGAAGAAAUAUUAUGAUGGUGCCAUAGCACCACAGCGUUAUAGGCAUCAUAUGGUCGUAUUACAGCUCCAUACACAAAAAUUAAUAGGGCGCUCACAUACUUCUAUGGGGCCGUACUGUACCUCUGGAUGCCUCCAAUUUUAUCUGUAUGCAUUAGACAGAAGAAAGGUUGUUCCAUGCUCCAGCGAAUAAUCCUUUAAUAUGUACCAUCUGCAGGGCCAUAUAAGAGCACAUGGCGGGCAUGUGGCACUAUAUUACAAAGCCACAGGGACUCAGUUUGCUUUUGUACUGCUUUCUGACGGCUUAGAGGUAUUCCCAUCUGGGACAUUAAUGGCAUAUCACGAGCCUAUGGCAUUAAUGUCAGGUUCGAGUCCAACCUAUGGUACCCGCUCCCUUUUUCCGAACAGGACCCUGAAGUGAAGGAUAGCACACCGCGCAUGGUCUCCAUUCAUCACUAUGGGAAUUCUGAAAAUGGCUGUGCAAGCAUAUUUGGCUAUUUUAGGAGGUCCCAUAGCAAAGACAUGGAGAGCAAACUAUGCAAGUGUGGCUAACCCUACAUUCACCUCUAUGGGGCUGCAGGAAAUUGUUGAGAGAGUGUUCAGCUAUAUUCGUAACUCCCGUAGCGGUGAACUGAGGGUGGCAGCUGCUCUCCCUUCACUUCAGGGGCCCUGUUCCUGGAGAUGGGUGCAGGUCUCACCUCUGUGCCCAGUAUGGCAGCUUCAGCUCUAGGUCAGCAAUGAGUGCUUUGUGGGCUUUAUUUUGUGCUAUUGUACAAUGAUGCUUGGCGACUACUAACUGUGAUUCAGCACAUCUAGUUUAGAAGAGAGCGGUCUUAUAUCAUUUCGUUGCUACCACCAUUUUAUGGAACAGUCUCCGGGAUAGGUUAAUUUAUAUUUUUUUUUCUCCCCCCCUAGGUAUGUUCCCCUUUUGUAACUUUAUUAAUAGGUGAAGCAACUUUGUAGAAAGUCCUGUUUGGAUAUCUACCGGUUUUUCUAGUCUGCUCCUAUGCAGAUCUGUGUCUAUUGGUCAGACUACAAACUGUUUAGUCCGAUCCUGUAUUCAUAUGUUCUUCUACUGAAUGUAUGUAGUAUACUUUUAGGGUCAGCCUAGGCUUUGCAGUCUCUAACCAUUAAGACUUAGCAAAGUUGCUUUAUUUAUUUUAGAUAUUUUUUUAUUGCUGUACAUUCCCAAUAAAGUGUAUCCGUCAUCAAUGUUGGGUGUAUAAUCCGUAUCUCUGUAUAAAAAUUUUCUUUUUGGUCCUUUAUGUAAAUGAUCUGCUUUUUUACUUCACCCACUUCUCAGUUACUUUGAAUUGAAUGACUGAAGGAGUCGCCCUUUUUCCUUAAUGAUUCUUCAGGCCACUGAAGGCUCUGAUCCAUUAGGUUUAGCGCAGGUGAGCAUGCACAGUCACACGAGUGACAGAUGACCUGCUAAAUCCUGUAUUCCAGAGCUGAUCAUACACAUGAGAUGUGUAUCGUCUGAACCCACCGACCAUCCAAUGUGUAUGGUGGCCUCUCGACUCUCCCUCUGACGGCAGAUGUCAGGGGGAUUCCAUCUACCGAUCUCUACGUACGCCUGUUCUGUGUAUGGGAGGAUUGGUAGAGAUAACUGUUGACUGAAAGCUAUCUAAUGUGUGCGGCCAGCAUUAGGGGGUCGGACAGGAAUCCCCUCAUAAAUUUUCAUCAGCAGCCAGUUUGUUGAGGUACCCAGAAAACAUUCAGGACAGCCGCACUGUAAAGUCAUCAAUCACACGUCACAGAAUAUAUUUAACCUAAGAAUCCGCAGUAAAUGGUCCAGAGAAAUAGAAAUGUGGCAGCAGACGCUAUUGAACGAGACUCCACCUGAAUUUUCAGUAAAACCUGUUUAAAGGGUCACUAACUUCACAAAAAAAACUUUCAUAUGUUAUAGAGACAUAUAAAAAGUUUUGAAAGGUAAAGUUCUGAGAUCCCCACCAGUCUCUAGAAGGUGGGGAGGGAAGUGUGGACAUAUCACGCUCUCGCCUCGUAGAAGUCUAUGGGCCCAUCGUGAUUUAGUCUUCGGCAGCAUGAUUUGCACGCACCUCCCUUCCCUCUUUCUAGAGAUCAGUGGGGGUCUCAGCAGUCAGGCCCCCACUUUUGAUAUGUCUUACACAUAAUGUUUGAAAAGUUAGUGAUGCUUUAAGGCCUCUUUUAAACAGCCGAAAUGUGACCACUUUUUAGCGUCUUUACUGCACCCCGACUGCUCGAUUCUUCAGUUCAUGGCUGAGUUGGCACUUGAAUGGAGGCCAUAGAAGGCUGGUCUGAUUUUGAAAAGUAAUUUUUUAUUUUUAUUUAAUUUUUCUAAACUUUUGCUGUCAGACCAUGCACACCAUAUGACUUCGCCAAUUCCUGGUCACUUUCACGUUAAAAUCCCACAUGCUAAGAAAUGUGCUUGCUUCAUAUCAAUGCCAACUCAUGUAUUGUACAAUGCAGGGAUUAUAACGGGAUUCAUUUAUUUUUUGUAACUGUAUUAUAUAUUAUAUCAUCUCGGAGACAUAAAGCGAUCAUAGAGGGCAUGCUUUUAGUUUUGCUAAAAAAAAAGUUUUAUGUCCUGUGAAUUGUAUGUAAUAUUGCAGGUCUGUGACUUCAUUAUGUGUUUGCUGUACAGAUGCAGCAGAGCUGAUUUUUAUUCAAUUUGUACAUUACCUGAGCAUUGCGAUGACUCAGAAUAAGUCCUCAUGUUCACAAGUGUUAAGAAAAGGCAGUAUGGCGCCCAUAGACAUCUAGGGUCCCUGCUGUACUUUCAUAUGAAUCUGAUUUUAUACAUGUGUUUUUUUCUGUUGGACUCGGUUCAGCAGAAAAGCAAGCUGUGGCAUGUUCCAUCACACGCUGUGUUAGGGCUCAUUCACACGACUAUGAAUGUGUCCGACUCUGUUCCGCAAUUUGGACCACAAAACACGGCGUGGUCGUCUGAAUGAGCCCUAAUGGAGAGUAUUUCUUAUGAAAAACUACAAAAAUAUCAUCAUGAUAUGGCACUACAUGGAUGCACCUGCAUGAGGCCCUUUUGUAGUAGGUUUAUCUGCAGUCCUAUGUAAGAGCCAGAUUGUGAUAAGAUAAUAAAGCAACAGUGCACAGCACAGAUGACCUCUUCUAUAAUCAACCCUGCUACAUCUGCACAUAGGUCUGUAGACCAUUGGGAUUGGGUGGAUGAUUUGAGGGAAAUGUGGCCGUGAUGGAGAUGAUCACUUAGAUACGUGUAAUUUAUUUUUAUACAUUGGUUUAAUAGCAACCUAUUUUCUAUAGAUAACAUUGUACACCAAAGUCAUCCGUUAUUCUGCUUCUGAAGAAAUAAAGGAAUCUGUAUCUCA